AUGGCACCAACCGUUUCCAAAAAGGCCGAGCCGCAGGGCCCACCCAAGCUCUCGGAUUAUAAGGAAAUUCUCGACGAGAGCACAUUCGAACAGAUCCUUGAGAUGGACGAUGACGAGGAGGAUCGCGAUUUCAGCAAGAGCAUCGUGUACGGUUUCUUUGACCAGGCCGAGAAUACUUUCAAGAAGAUACAGAAGGGAAUAGAUGACAAGAACCUUGAUGAACUUUCCGCCCUCGGUCACUUCCUCAAGGGCUCGUCGGCCACACUCGGCCUUAUCAAGGUCAAGGACGGCUGUGAGAAGAUCCAACACUUCGGCGCCAACAAGGAUGAGACAGGCCUUAUUGACGAACCCGAUGCCGAGGUCUGCCUCAAAGCCAUCAAAAAAACUCUGGAUGAAGUCAAGGUCGAAUAUCGUAAGGUCGAAAAGCUCCUUCGCCGAUAUUACGGUGAGGAGGUGAAGGAUGAAGAAGAGAAGCCGGAAGAAGAGGAAGUCAAGGAGCAGAAGGAAGAAAAGCCCAAGGAAGAACCCAAGAAGGAAGUCAAGGAAUCCAAGGAGUCCACUAAGGAGCCUACCAAGGAGGCCUCGAAAUAA